UAUGCCCAAACGCCAUUGAUUUCUGUUUCAGAAUUCAGAGCUUUUUCAACACCUGGAGCUCAAAACAAGAGCAACAUAGCAACCUUCACCACCCAUCCGUCAACCACCGCUUGGCCAAACCCUAACCACUCCUCUCCACCCAGAGACCCUAUCCUCUCACGCACUCUAACCCACGCAACGCUCUAGCUUUUCACCUCCCAAAAAAAAAAGACAGAAGAAAUGGAAUCUGAACCCGAACCCUAACCCUAACCCCCGGUUCGUGAUCUGUUGUUUAGAAUCCAAAGCCCCCCAUUAGAUAUAAACAAACAAAUAUCAAAAAAGCAAAGUAUGAAUGCAGGUUCCACAAGUGUCACCCGAACCAGAGACUGCACGCGCCAAACCCUUGCUAAAAAUAGAAAAAAGAAGCCCACUAUGUACCGAAGCUUUCUCUUUAUCAGCUCCAUAUCGUGAUUGCAGAGCUUCCAUCACCGGUGGAGAGAGGGCAGACGACAGUCUCACAGAAAACUAGUGGGUGACAAGGGCUCGACCAUCCACCUUCUCCCCUAACCCUAAAUCCUAAUGAUGGAGCAAAACGAGGCGUAUGCUUUAAUGGCAGGUGUUGGGGGUGAGCUUAGCUUUGUCACAGUGAGAGGGGACAAGACUCAUGAGGGGUCGGAUCGGAGUCCACCCACUCGUGACCUCGUUGCCGCUUCCAGUUUCGGUGUCCAAGGGAGGAAAAGGAUGCCCAGACAGAGGCGAUCAUCCACCAUCAACCUUCUCACUUUUGCUCCUUCCACCUCCCCGCACGUGCCUCCCCCUCCCCCCGCACGUGCAAUUGAUCGAAAGUGGCUAAGAUUUCUUUUCGAGAAAGAACUCAAGAACAGCGAUGUAGGCUCCCUUAGGAGAAUGGUACUCCCGAAGAAAUCGGCUGAGACUCACCUCCCUCUCCUUGAGGCAAAGGAAGGGAUUCUCAUCACCAUGUAUGAUUUGGAUGGCCAGCAUGUUUGGAACUUCAAGUACAGGUUUUGGCCCAAUAAUAAUAGCCGAAUGUAUGUGCUUGAGAACACCGGGGAAUUUGUUAAUGUUCAUGGACUACAGCUUGGAGACUACAUUAUGCUUUACCAUGAUGGUCAAACUCAGAGCUUAGUGAUUGAGGCUAGGAAGGCUUCUGAAAAAAAUCUGCACGGUGAUCUAAGUAAGAAUAUCGCUGUCAGUGACCUCUUUCUUCAAGAUCUGGAGGCCAAUCGAUCAAAUUAUUUUCUGGCAAUGGACACAGGCACAUCGUUUGUGUAUGAGACUACCUUCUCGAAUGAUUCUCCGCUUGACUUUUUGGGUGGCUCGAUGACCAACUAUCCUGGUGGAUCAGUGAGCAACUAUUCAAGAUUUGGAGCACUGGAAGGCUUUGGAUCUGUAGAGAGCUUGUCACUCGAUGAUUUCUGUUGAGCUUCUGCGUGCCCA